AUGUCAAUCGCGUGCUGCUUGCCUGUCGUCGAGUGCGUGUACUGCCUGGCGUGUGCGCGGUGGGUGUGGCAGUGCUGCCUCCACUCCGGAGGCUACGACAGUGAGACCUGGGGUGUUGCAACGGCUGAAGAGUUUGAGCCUGUGCCACGGUUGUGUCGGAUCAUCCUCUCGGUCUAUGAGGAUGACCUCGAGAACCCCCAAUGGGCGCCUCCAGGUGGUUAUGGCAUGGAGCCACGUUGGGUGGUGCACCGGAGGACGUAUGAAGACACUCAUGGUCAUGCACCAACAUACCUUCUGUAUGUUGAUCACCAACAUUCAGAUGUCGUGCUUGCUGUUCGGGGAAUGGACAUGAUGAAGGAGAGUGACUAUGCUGUCCUUCUGGAUAACAAGCUUGGGCAGAGGAGGUUCGAUGGUGGCUACGUGCACAAUGGCUUGCUUAAGGCUGCCGAGUGGGUUUUCGAUGCUGAGUGUGAUGUUCUAAAGGACCUUCUGGAGAGGAAUCCUGGUUAUACGCUCACAUUUGCUGGGCAUUCUCUUGGCUCUGGUGUGGUGUCAAUGCUAGCUUUGCUGGCAGUGCGCAAUAGGGAGCUGCUCGGUGGUGUAGACAGGAAGAGGAUACGUUGUUUUGCAAUGGCACCAGCCCGAUGUAUGUCACUCAAUUUGGCUGUCCGUUAUGCGGAUGUCAUCAAUGCAGUUAUUCUUCAGGAUGAUUUUUUGCCUCGCACAGACAUUCCUUUGGAAGACAUCUUCAAGUCACUCUUCUGCUUACCAUGCCUUCUAUGUGGAAGGUGCCUAAUAGACACCUGUAUACCUGAAAGUGUGAUGUUGAGAGAUCCAAGGCGCCUCUAUGCACCUGGUAGGCUUUACCACAUUGUUGACAGGAAACCUUUCAGAUGUGGAAGAUACCCCCCUCUUGUGAGAACAGCAGUUCCGGUGGAUGGGAGAUUUGAACGCAUUGUUCUCUCUUGCAACGCAACAUCUGAUCAUGCUAUUAUAUGGAUCGAAAGAGAGACCCAAAGGGCAUUAGAUUUAUUGCUGGAGAGUGAGAAAACCAUGCAAGCACCUGAGGUUCAAAGGAUGGGCGAUGAGAUCACUGCUACAAGAGAUCACGACGAGGAGCAGCAGGAGGCGCUGAGACGUGCGAUCACACUAGGGGUUGCUGAUGUAAAAAUGCCAUCAGCAUAUGGUACGUUCGAUGAGAAUCCUACUUCUGAAGCAGCUGAGGCCCCACUGCUAUCAGACAGCGGAAGGCGCAGGGCAGUAUGGGAGGAGUGGAUCGCAAGGAUCUUCGAGAAGGAUGAAUCUGGACAAAUAGUUCCACGGAGAUGA